AAUAAUACCAUAUACACCGGAAUUUUAUCUGACUUAACUACAAUUCUAGCACAGCAGCUCAAUUUUACAUACUCGUUUGUGGAGACGCCGGACCGACGAUACGGCGCUGUCGUUAACGGCACGUGGAAUGGUUUGACUGGACAAUUGUUCUACCAAAAAGUUGACAUGGUCGUAGCAGAUUUUACCAUAUCAAGUGAACGACUGGAAGUAAUUGACUUCAUUCUGCCCAUGUAUAUCAAUCAGAAUUUGGGAGUCAUCUUCCGCAAAGACAUCUCCGAGGACAGCAAUUGGAUAAAACUCUUCCGACCACUUAGCGGUUACGUUUACGUCUGUUUUCUUGCGACUGUGAUAGUUGUUGGAAUUUUAUUUUACCUGAUUGACGAAAAUUUUGAUCAAAAUUCUUCAUUUUAUGUCACUAAAAAACGGACCCUUUUGAAAUUCUUUUCCUCUUUAACAUCCGUCUUGGGAUUUGUAUCGUUGAAUGGAAAUGGAUUAUGGCCUAAGAAAACGUCAGCUCGCAUUUUAGUAGCGCACUUUUGGUUCUUCGCAGUCGUUUUAACUGCGACUUACGUUGGAAACCUUACGGCAAAAUUGACAGAGAAGAUCGAAACGCGUCCGUUUUCCAGUUUGGAUGAAUUGGUUAAUUUGGAAGGCUGGAAAUGGGGAAUGAUGGGCGGUGGCCUCGUCCAAAGCAUCAUCAAGAAUUCUCGGGAAGAGGUCAUGAAGAAAUUGUACAAAGGAAUG